GACGAACAGCUUGAGUGUUUUCAGCAGAUGGUCUUAUUAGAACAGACAGUGAACUGCUGAAGAAAAUGUUUCACAUGUUUGUUUUGCUCUGCUUGUGCUGGUGGCGUAUGAUUGUUUGUUCUCCAGGUGUGUUUGGUGAGUCAGUGUCAGUGAUUGAGGGAGAUUCUGUCACUUUAAACACUGAUCUUACUGAAAUACAUGAAGAUGAUGACAUACUGUGGAAAUAUGGGUCUGAAGACUCUCUCAUAGCUGAAAUCAACAGAGGGGACCAAAUCUUCUCAACAUUUAAUGGAACUACUGGGAGAUUCAGAGACAGACUGACGCUGGACAAACAGACUGGAUCUCUGACCAUCGCAAACAUCACAACUGAACACGCUGGACUUUAUGAAAUACAGAUAAGUGGAGAUAAGCUGUCAUCAAAAACAUUUAGUGUUUCUGUCUAUGCUCGUCUGCCCACUCCUAACAUUAGAAGAGAUUUUUCAAAAAAUCUUUCAUCGUCAUCAUCUUCAUCACAGCAGAAUUGUUCAUUGUUGUGUUCAGUGGUGAAUGUGAGUCAUGUGACUCUCUCCUGGUACAAAGGACACAGUUUAUUGUCCAGCAUCAGUGUGUCUGAUCUCAGCAUCAGUCUCUCUCUACCUCUGGAGGUGGAAUAUCAGGAUAACAACACCUACAGCUGUGUGCUCAACAAUCCCAUCAGCCACCAGACCACACAUCUGGACAUCAGUCAACUCUGUCCAGAUCAAGGCCUACCCUUAUUUUACACAGCGCUGAUCUCUGCUGCUGGAUCUCUGAUUGUAGCUGUAGUCGUGAUGUGCUGCAUCUGCAAGAAAUGUAGAAAAACAGUUGAGACCCGGAAUGAAGACAGAACUGAUUCAGCGUUGUGUAAACCAACAACACGAAAAAAGAAAUCAAAGUCGGAUGCUGUGUAUGAAAAUGUCCCCAAAAAACGAUGAUCAAAUACUGUAUCUACUGGAACUGAUGGUAGAGUUAAAUACUGGACACUAGUGCCUUGUAGGUUGUCUCUUGUUUUCACUCUUUGCAUCAAAUCUUGCCUUGUGUUAUGUUGGCAAAUGUCGCACAAGCACAUCAUCACUCUCUAAUGUCCAAAGCAGAAAAUCACAGAUUUAAGAAACCACUAAAGAGCCUGGCUGCUGUGCUGAGGCCUAUUUGAAGAACAAACAGAGUUCAAAACAGC